UGCUGAUCAGUAGCAGCUGCUGGAGGUUUCCCUCCUUUAAAGCUGCCUGGUGCUCAGGCAACACUCUCUUGGAAAACUGCAGAGAUGGCAGCUGUUUGGAUGCUCGUCUGUGUGCUGACUGUUUGUCUGGCCAGAGAUCUGUCCCCCAAUGAGAUCUCCUUAAAGAAAGCCUUUGCACCUUUCCAGUCGAUGGAGUCCAUGUUGGACCAAGAUGCUCGAGAAGUACAACUGGAAACCAAUGACGUGGAAGCUGAUGCGUCUGGUCACCAGAAUCCUGAACAAAAGCCCCAGAGCGUCAACGAGACAACAAAUGUCCAGAACCAGGUCGUAACGAGGGACAACGGCACGACGGGGGGCGUCCAGAACCGGGUCGUCAUUUGGGGCGAAGCAACGACGGGGGGUGUCCAGCAGAACCUGGUUCCCAUGGACAAUGGCACGACGGGGGGCGUCCAGCAGAACAACGGCACGACGGGGGGCGUCCAGCAGAAAAACGGCACGACGGGGGGCGUCCAGCAGAAAAACGGCACGACGGGGGGCAAAAACGGCACGACGGGGGGCGUCCAGCAGAACAACGGCACGACGGGGGGCGUCCAGCAGAACCUUGUUCCCAUGGACAACGGCACGACGGGGGGCGUCCAGCCGAACAACGGCACGACGGGGGGCGUCCAGCCGAACAACGGCACGACGGGGGGCGUCCAGCCGAACAACGGCACGACGGGGGGCGUCCAGCAGAACAACGGCACGACGGGGGGCGUCCAGCAGAACAACGGCACGACGGGGGGCGUCCAGCAGAACCUGGUUCCCAGAGACAACGGCACGAAGGGGGGAUUUCAGCAGAACAACGGCACGACGGGGGGCGUCCAGCAGAACAACGGCACGACGGGGGGCGUCCAGCAGAACAACGGCACGACGGGGGGCGUCCAGCAGAACAACGGCACGACGGGGGGCGUCCAGCAGAACAACGGCACGACGGGGGGCGUCCAGCAUGAGCACAAAGGAUUUAUGAAGUAACCAAGCCCUUGAGGAACUAUUACAGAAUUCAUGCUGUGAUUUCAGUCUAGAGAACAUCAUGUAUUAUCUUGACGUCCAUCAUUUAUGACGCAAAUGUUUUUUCAGUACUCCUGGAUACCCAUAAAGUAGACGACUAGAUGUUGAACGGAACGAGGAAAAGUUGAACGGGACGAUGAGCGACGAGGAAAAGUUGAACGGGACGAUGAGCGACGAGGAAAAGUUCAAUGGGACGAUGAAAAGUAAAAGUUCAACGGGACGAUGAGCGAUGAGCAGUUGUUGAACGGGACGAUGAGCGACGAGGAAAAGUUCAAUGGGACGAUGAAAAGUAAAAGUUCAACGGGACGAUGAGCGAGGAGAUAUUCAAUACUGCAUAGAUUCAUCUCGUAUAUUUCGACUGCCUUGGAGAGCUUGAUAUCGGAGACGUUAUCUUAGCAAUAUAAUAAAACGUCUAUACAUUUCUUAAAUAACAGCGUGUCAAUCCAAUGUUUGUAUUGCAAUGCUUGGCUCUUAUCAUGCAUACAUCUUCCCUUAACAGUCCAAUAAAAGCUCAUCUGGACUAGAACAGUCUUUUAAAAACUCUCAUACUACAUAGGAUUAGCAGACAUUGGUCAUGUCAGUAAAAGGGAGAAGAUUAAACGUGCAAUAUUUUGAGAAAUGUUCAUUAGAAAACCUUGCCCUCCUUCCAAAUGCAGGCUUUAUUGCAGGUUAGUCUGAAGUCCAUAUGCACUUCUAUGUGCUGGACUAUAACAAGAUGGUAAAAAGGUGGACUCUAAUAACAAUUUAGCCUCAAAAGAAAAAUCAAGAAUAUAAACUUGGUAUACCCAAUUCAGGGUUUCACAAUCUUCUAAACCUGUCACUCAAAAUAGAAAGUUUAUUUUCUGCAUUUAUUUUCUAUCUGUAUUUGCCAGAUAGAAACGUACAUUUCUAAAAUAACCAUAUCCUGCUGACGACUGAAAUCGGCACCGUUAAAAAAUGCUUUAUUAAUAACAAAUGUGCCAAACAUGACGACACAUUUGCGAGGUCCUUUGAAUGUUUUCUGAAGUCUCAUAGUUUGUAAAUCGAAGGUGUGCUUCUUCCAAUUCCUGUAUUGGUCCAAGUAGCAUUUAAAAAAAAAGUUUUUUAUUAAGUUUAAUGUUAUUUUAAAGAUUCUUAUUUUGAGAGUUAAUUCAAAAAUGUUUUUCUCAUUUAAAGGGAUUUUAACAAUGUUUAUUUUAAAGUUUCUUAUUUUGAGAAACGUAUAAUAUACAAAGUUUUAAGUAGUUCUUCAGAAAUAUUCUCGUCUGUAUUUUGCAGAGAUAAAUCUCACAUCUUAGAAAUAACCAUAUCCUCCUGCAGGUUUUCUACUUAAAAUCACAUCCAAUAAGUGGAAUAUGCCGUCUACUUUGACAU